UGUCAACAUCGCGUCGUGUCUCACUCUUGUUUGUGCAUAGCAGUAACGGCGACAGCGACAGCGACAACGACGAGCAGCCAGUUCCAACGGCCCUGCCCUUGUACGCACUCCUCCUAAUCUACCAUUGUCGACCGUGUGACCCGAUCGAAUCGACCACAACCGGCCCAACUCAGCCCAAACUCGCACGCUCCACCCCCGCAGCCAGCCAAGACCAUGCCGCGCUCGCCGCGCACCCCGCCGCCCGUCUCGGCGCCCCUCAUGUCCAUUUCGUCGCCCUACGGUGCCGACAGCAUCCACGCACCGCACGGACACGAAGAGUACGAGCUCGGCCCGUCUCCCACGCACGCAUACCUCGCCGACGGCAACUACAACCACAACAACGGCAACAACCCGUUCAGGACGCCAAACCACUCCAACCCAGGCCUCAUGGAGAAGGACCACCACGAGCUGCAAGGGCUCCCCCGCGAGGGCGCCCUGCGCGAGCGAUACCCCGAAGAGUACCCGAGCUACGACUCGGACCGCAACCUUUUUGAGACGUCAGGCGGCAACAGCGGCUCGCCUGGCAGCUCGGGGCUCAGGAACGGCCGGUACGACGAGUCGGGCAAGCAGAAGAGGAGUAAGCGCUGGCUCUGGAUCCUGCUGGGCCUGCUCGCGCUUCUCGCUAUUGGCCUCGGCGUCGGUCUCGGCGUCGGCCUGACGAGGAACAAGAAGAGCAACGGCAGCAGCGGCAGCUCGGGCAGCAACGGCGGCAGCGGCGGUGGCGCGCCUGGCCCGGCUGCCAGCGGCUCCGACAACAUCCCGGGCGUUCCCAACCAGGUCUCGCCUGGCGCUGGCUCGGGCACCAACGGCUCGAUCGUGACGACUGACCGCGGCGUCAACUUUACCUAUGUCAACAACUUUGGCGGCAAGUGGGCGCAGGACCCGGACAACCCGUACAAGGUUUCCGGCCAGGCCCAGUCGUGGACGCCGUCUCUGCUUGAUGAGUGGAAGUGGGGUACCGACAUUGUCCGCGGUGUCAACCUCGGCGGCUGGCUCGUCACUGAGCCCUUCAUCUGCCCUGCCCUGUACGAGAAGUACCAGAACGUGACGCCCAACGCGUUCGACGAGUACACCCUGUCGCAGGCAAUGGGCGCAAACCUCGCCACGGAGAUGGAGCAGCACUACGCUACCUUCAUCACCGAGCAGGACUUUGCCGAGAUUGCUGCUGCCGGUCUCAACUGGGUGCGUAUCCCCAUCGGCUACUGGGCCGUCGACACCGAGUUUGGCGAGCCGUUCCUCAAGGGCGUGUCGUGGACCUACUUCCUCAAGGCUAUCGACUGGGCGAGGAAGUACGGCCUCCGUAUCGUCAUGGACUUCCACGGUCUCCCAGGCUCGCAGAACGGUUGGAACCACUCGGGCAAGGUCGGCCCCAUCAACUGGAUGCACGGCGUCAUGGGCAUUGCCAACGCCCAGCGCUCGCUCGAGUACAUGCGUUCCAUGAUCCAGUACAUCUCCCAGCCGGGCAUCAAGGAGGUCGUCCCUGUCUUUGGUCUUGUCAACGAGGUUCUCAUGUCAACCGUUGGCCAGGACGUCAUGGGCACGUUCUACUACCACGCCUACUCGAUGAUCCGCAACAUGACCGGCUAUGGUGACGGCAACGGCCCCAUCCUGGCCGUGCACGACGGCUUUGUGGGCCCCAAGCAGUGGCCCGCGUUCCUCAACGGCGCCGACCGCCUCGCCUUGGACCAGCACCCGUACAUUGCCUUUGAGCAGUCUUUCACCGACUCGAUGAGCACGAACUGGCAAAAGGCAUGCGCGUGGGGUGGCGGAACCAACGACACGCAGACCGACUGGGGAAUCAUCCUCGGCGGCGAGUGGUCGAUCGCAUGGAACGACUGCGGCAAGUGGCUCCUCGGCGUCAACUCUCCGCCGACCUACCCCGGCAACUGCGCCCCGUACGACCAGUGGAUGAACUACAACGCGACGUUCAAGGCCGAUCUCAUGAACAUGGCCCUGGCGACCAUGGACUCGCUGCAGAACUGGAUCUUCUGGACCUGGAAGAUUGGAAACUCGACAGAGCUCGGCUACUCGUCCUCUCCGUUCUGGCACUACCAGCUCGGCCUCAAGGAGGGCUGGCUCCCCGCUGACCCUCGCGUCGCCGGUGGCUUCUGCCAGGCGCACGGCUUCUGCCCCGGCUGCUCGCAGUUUGGCGGCACAUUCCCCGCCUCUGCGAUCGGCAAGGGCCCCGCGACGCCGACCAUCUUUGCGCCGCAGCUCUCCGUGUUCGGCGCCUGGCCGCCCACGGCGCUGGGCGGUAUCGGUGUCCCGUCAGCCUCGCAGACGAUGCACAGCGACCAGAUUGCGCUCCUCCCCACCCUCACCCAGACGGGCAAACCCAUCACGCUCCCUACCCCCACGCACGCCGCCAAGGCGACCAUCGGUAACGGUUGGGCGUUCCCCAACGACAAGGUCGGCGCGUAUGUCACCGUCGCCGGGUGCAACUACCCCGACGAGUACUACGCCGCUGCUGGCACUGCCGGCGCCAGCACCUGGACCGGCGUCCCUAUCCCCACCGCAAGGUGUACUGGCGCUUAA